UUGCACGCGCCGCGGGGGCGCGCGCGGUGGGGGUGUGAGGAGGAGGAGGAGGCGGCGGCGGCGGCGGCGGCGGCGGCGGAGGAGGAGGAGGAAUAGGCCGGGGCAGGUCGCGCUCGCUGCCUUCUCCCUUGAAGAAAAACGCGGGGGGAGGGGGGUGCGGCGAGCGGCUCCUCUCUCUCCCCACCGUUCCGCUUGCGCCCCAGUGUAAUGAGGGUCACCCCCUCCCCCCAGCUGGCCCGGGAGGGGGCGCGGGGCACGGUUGAUGCUGGCCCAGGAUGGAUCAGACCUGUGAACUACCUAGAAGAAAUUGUCUGCUGCCCUUUUCCAAUCCAGUGAACUUAGAUGUCCCUGAAGACAAGGACAGCCCUUUCGGUAAUGGUCAAUCCAAUUUUUCUGAGCCAAUUAAUGGGUGUGCUAUGCAGUUACCGACUGCCAGUGGAACAUCCCAAAAUGCUUAUGGACAAGAUUCUCCAUCUUGUUACAUUCCACUGCGGAGACUACAGGAUUUGGCCUCCAUGAUCAAUGUAGAGUAUUUAAAUGGGUCUGCUGAUGGAUCAGAAUCCUUUCAAGACCCUGAAAAAAGUGAAUCAAGAGCUCAGUCGCCAAUUGUUUGCACUUCCUUGAGUCCUGGUGGUCCUACAGCACUUGCUAUGAAACAGGAACCCUCCUGUAAUAACUCCCCUGAACUCCAGGUAAAAGUAACAAAGACUAUCAAGAAUGGCUUUCUGCACUUUGACAAUUUUACUUGUGUGGACGAUACAGAUGUAGAUUCUGAAAUGGACCCAGAACAGCCAGUCACAGAGGAUGAGAGUAUAGAGGAGAUCUAUGAGGAAAAAACUCAGACCAAUGCCACCUGCAAUUAUGAGCCUAAAUCAGAGAAUGGUGUAAAAGUGGCCAUGGGAAGUGAACAAGACAGCACACCAGAGAGUAGACAUGGUGCAGUCAAAUCGCCAUUCUUGCCAUUAGCUCCUCAAACUGAAACACAGAAAAAUAAGCAAAGAAAUGAAGUGGACGGCAGCAGUGAAAAAGCAGCCCUUCUCCCAACCCCUUUUUCACUAGGAGAUACAAACGUUACCAUAGAAGAGCAAUUAAAUUCAAUAAAUUUAUCUUUUCAGGAUGAUCCAGACUCCAGCACCAGUACAUUAGGAAACAUGCUAGAAUUACCUGGAACUUCAUCAUCAUCUUCACAGGAAUUGCCAUUUUGUCAACCCAAGAAAAAGUCUACACCUCUGAAGUAUGAAGUUGGAGAUCUCAUCUGGGCAAAAUUCAAGAGACGCCCGUGGUGGCCCUGCAGGAUUUGUUCUGAUCCGUUGAUUAACACACAUUCAAAAAUGAAAGUUUCCAACCGGAGGCCCUAUCGGCAGUACUACGUGGAGGCUUUCGGAGACCCUUCUGAGAGAGCCUGGGUGGCUGGAAAAGCAAUCGUUAUGUUUGAAGGCAGACAUCAAUUUGAAGAGCUACCUGUCCUUAGAAGAAGAGGGAAACAGAAAGAAAAAGGAUAUAGGCAUAAGGUUCCUCAGAAAAUUUUGAGUAAAUGGGAAGCCAGUGUUGGUCUUGCUGAACAGUAUGAUGUUCCCAGAGGGUCAAAGAAUCGAAAAUGUGUAACCAGUUCCAUCAAGUUGGACAGUGAGGAAGAUGUGCUAUUUGAGGACUGUACAAAUGAUCCUGAAUCAGAACAUGAUCUUUUGCUUAACGGCUGCUUGAAAUCUCUGGCUUUUGAUUCUGAACAUUCUGCAGAUGAGAAAGAAAAGCCUUGUGCUAAGUCUCGCGCUAGGAAAAGCUCUGAUAAUCCAAAAAGGACUAGUGUGAAAAAGGGCUUCAUGCCAUUUGAAGCACAUAAGGAAGAACGGAGGGGAAAGAUUUCAGAAAACCUUGGCCUAAACUUUAUCUCUGGAGAUGUAUCUGAAAAGCAGGCAUCUAAUGAACUUUCUAGGAUAGCAAACAGCCUCACAGGGUCCAGCACUGUCCCUGGAAAUUUUCUGUUUUCUUCUUGUGGAAAAAACACUGCAAAGAAAGAAUUUGAGACUGCAAAUUGUGACUCUUUAUUGGGUUUGCCUGAGGGUGCCUUGAUCUCAAAACGUUCUGGGGAAAAGAAGAAACCCCAGCGAGGUCUCUUGUGCAGUUCAAAAGUGCAGCUCUGCUAUUUUGGAGCAGGUGAUGAGGAAAAACGAAGUGAUUCCAUUAGUAUCUGUACCACUUCUGAUGAUGGGAGCAGUGAUCUGGAUCCUGUAGAGCACAGCUCAGAGUCUGAUAAUAGUGUUCUUGAAAUUACAGAUGCUUUUGAUAGAACAGAAAACAUGUUAUCUAUGCAGAAAAAUGAAAACAUGUUAUCUAUGCAGAAAAAUGAAAAGAUAAAGUAUUCUAGGUAUCCAGGCACAAACUCUAGGGUAAAAGCAAAGCAGAAACUUCUCAUUACCAAUUCACAUACAGACAAUUUAACAGAUUGUACUAAGACAGCAGAGCCUAGAACUGAGACAUCUCGGGUUAAUCUCUCUGAUCUUACGGUAGCCACUCCUGUCCACAAACCCCAAUCAGAUUUCAGAAAUGAUGGUCUCUCUCCAAAAUUCAGCAUGACAUCAAGCAUUUCUAGUGAGAACUCCCUAAUAAAAGGUGGAGCAACAAGUCAACCUCUGUUACAUUCAAAAAGCAAACAGCCCAAGUUUCGAAAUAUAAAGUACAAACAUAAAGAAACUUCAGUUAUAGUAGAACCCCCAGUUACAAAUGAAGACUGUAGUUUGAAAUGCUGCUCUUCUGAUAUGAAAGGCUCUCCUUUGGCCAGCAUUUCUAAAAGUGGGAAAGUGGAUGGGCUAAAACUACUGAACAACAUGCACGAGAAAACCAGGGAUUCAAAUGACAUAGAAACAGCAGUGGUGAAACAUGUUUUGUCAGAGUUGAAGGAACUCUCUUACAGAUCUUUAGGUGAGGAUGUCAGUGAGUCUGGAACAUCAAAACCACCAAAACCAUUACUUUUCUCUUCUGCUUCUAGUCAGAAUCACAUACCUAUUGAACCAGACUACAAAUUCAGUACAUUACUAAUGAUGUUAAAAGAUAUGCAUGAUAGUAAGACCAAGGAACAGCGGUUGAUGACGGCUUCCAACUUGGUCUCUUAUCGGAGUUCUGGUCGAGGGGACUGUUCCACAAGUAGUCCUGCAGGGGCUUCUAAGGUUUUGGUUUCAGGAGGCUCCACCCACAAUUCAGAAAAAAAUGGAGAUGGCACUCAAGACUCAGCUAAUCCUAUCCCUAGUCGGGGGGACUCUGCAGUAUCUGGGGAAUUGUCUGCAUCCCUCCCUGGUUUUAUGUCCAACAGAAGAGAUAAUCCUGCUUCUGGCAAAAGUCGUCCAAACUGUGUCACCAGGCGCAACUGUGGGCGAUCAAAGCCAUCAUCCAAAUUGCGAGAUGCUUUUUCAGCUCAGAUGGGAAAGAAUACAGUGAACCGAAAAGCCUUAAAGACAGAGCGCAAAAGAAAACUGAAUCGGCUUCCAGCUAUGACUCUUGAGGCUGCUCUGCAGGGAGACAGAGAAAGAGGAGGUUCAUUGAGAGGUGGGAUGGAAGAUCUGGGGAAAGAGGAACCUCUUCAAUUAACAGGCCAUUUAACAGGUGAAGAUGGUGCUGAUCUUUCUGAUACUCAUUUGGAUAACAAGGUUAAACAACCUGACCCAGAUAAAAUUCCAGAAAAAGGCCCUAGUUUUGAAAACAAAAAGGGCCAAAAGGGCCGAGAACUGGACUCUGAAAUGAACAGUGAGAAUGAUGAACCCAAUGGUGUAAAUCAAGUGGUGCCUAAAAAACGCUGGCAGCGUUUAAACCAAAGGCGCACUAAACCUCGUAAGCGCACUAACAGAUUUAGGGAAAAAGAAAAUUCUGAGUGUGCCUUUGGGGUUUUGCUUUCUAGUGACCCUAUACAAGAGAAGCGGGAUGAAUUUCUAGAGCAUAGAACUCCUCCUUCAACAAACAUACCAGAGGAUGCACUGACAGAUACCAAUCGUGCUGGCCACUUAGAUUCAGUUGGGUCACAGUUGAAUAUUCGUGACAAAUCUAGCACCAGCCUUGGGCAUGUGGAAAAGGAGCCAGGAAUUCCCAGUUUAACACCACAGGCUGAGCUCCCUGAACCAGCUAUGCGGUCAGAGAAGAAACGCCUUAGGAAGCCAAGCAAGUGGCUUCUGGAAUAUACAGAAGAAUAUGAUCACAUAUUUGCUCCCAAGAAAAAACAAAAGAAGGUUCAGGAGCAGGUACACAAGGUAAGUUCCCGCUGUGAAGAGGAAAGCCUUGUAGCCCGAUGUCGAUCUAGUGCUCAGAACAAGCAGGUGGACGAGAAUAAUUUGAUUUCAACCAAAGAAGAGCCCCCAGUUCUUGAGAGGGAGGCUCCGUUUUUGGAGGGGCCCUUGGCUCAGUCGGAACUUGGAGGUGGACAUGCUGAGUUGCCACAGCUGACCUUAUCUGUGCCUGUGGUUCCGGAAGUCUCUCCACGGCCUGCCCUUGAGUCUGAGGAAUUACUAGUUAAAACACCAGGAAAUUAUGAAAGUAAGCGUCAAAGAAAACCAACUAAGAAACUUCUUGAAUCCAAUGAUUUAGAUCCUGGAUUUAUGCCCAAGAAGGGUGACCUUGGACUUUCUAAAAAGUGUUAUGAAGCUGGUCGCUUAGAGAAUGGCAUUGCUGUUGCAUCUCGUUCAAAAGAGUUUGGUGGAGGCACUACCAAGGUAUUUGAUAAACCAAGAAAACGAAAACGUCAGAGACAUGCUACAACCAAGGUGCAGUGUAAAAGAGUGAAAAGUGACGAUUCAUCAAAAGAGACUCCAAGUUCAGAGGGAGAACUAAUGACCCACAGAACGACUGGAAGCCCCAAGGAGACUGUCGAUGAGGGUGUAGAACACGACUCUGGGAUGCCUGCCUCUAAAAAAAUGCAGGGUGAACGUGGUGGAGGAGCUGCACUCAAGGAGAAUGUUUGCCAGAAUUGUGAGAAACUGGGUGAACUGCUGUUAUGUGAGGCUCAGUGCUGUGGGGCUUUCCACUUGGAGUGCCUUGGAUUAACUGAGAUGCCAAGAGGAAAAUUUAUCUGCAAUGAAUGUCGCACAGGAAUUCAUACCUGUUUUGUAUGUAAGCAAAGCGGGGAAGAUGUUAAAAGGUGCCUUCUGCCCUUGUGUGGAAAAUUUUACCAUGAAGAGUGUGUCCAGAAGUACCCACCCACUGUCAUACAAAAUAAGGGCUUCCGGUGCUCCCUCCACAUCUGUAUAACUUGUCAUGCUGCUAAUCCAGCCAGUGUUUCUGCAUCUAAAGGUCGUCUCAUGCGCUGUGUCCGCUGCCCUGUGGCAUAUCAUGCCAAUGACUUUUGCCUGGCUGCUGGGUCAAAGAUCCUUGCAUCUAAUAGUAUCAUCUGUCCUAAUCACUUUACCCCUAGGCGGGGUUGCCGAAAUCACGAACACGUUAAUGUUAGCUGGUGCUUUGUUUGCUCAGAAGGAGGCAGCCUUCUUUGCUGUGAUUCUUGCCCUGCUGCUUUUCAUCGUGAAUGUCUGAACAUUGAUAUCCCUGAAGGAAACUGGUAUUGCAAUGAUUGUAAGGCAGGCAAAAAGCCGCACUACAGGGAGAUUGUCUGGGUAAAAGUUGGACGAUAUAGGUGGUGGCCAGCUGAGAUUUGCCAUCCUCGAGCUAUUCCUUCCAACAUCGAUAAGAUGAAACACGAUGUGGGCGAGUUCCCUGUCCUUUUCUUUGGAUCUAAUGACUAUCUGUGGACUCACCAGGCCCGAGUCUUCCCUUACAUGGAGGGGGAUGUGAGCAGUAAAGAUAAGAUGGGCAAAGGAGUAGAUGGGACAUACAAAAAAGCUCUCCAGGAAGCUGCAGCAAGGUUUGAGGAGUUAAAGGCCCAAAAAGAACUGAGACAGCUGCAAGAAGACCGAAAGAAUGAUAAGAAGCCACCGCCUUAUAAACAUAUCAAGGUAAAUCGUCCUAUUGGCAGGGUACAGAUCUUCACUGCAGACUUGUCCGAAAUUCCCCGUUGCAACUGUAAAGCUACUGAUGAGAACCCCUGUGGGAUAGACUCUGAGUGCAUCAACCGCAUGCUGCUCUAUGAGUGCCACCCUACAGUGUGUCCUGCUGGAGGCCGUUGUCAAAACCAGUGCUUCUCUAAGCGUCAGUAUCCAGAGGUGGAAAUAUUCCGCACAUUACAGAGGGGUUGGGGUCUACGGACAAAAACAGAUAUUAAAAAGGGUGAAUUCGUGAAUGAGUAUGUGGGUGAGCUCAUAGAUGAAGAAGAAUGCAGAGCUCGAAUCCGUUAUGCCCAGGAACAUGAUAUCACUAAUUUCUAUAUGCUCACCUUAGACAAAGAUCGAAUUAUUGAUGCUGGUCCCAAAGGAAACUAUGCUCGGUUCAUGAAUCAUUGCUGUCAGCCCAAUUGUGAAACACAGAAGUGGUCUGUGAAUGGAGAUACCCGUGUUGGCCUUUUUGCCUUAAGUGAUAUUAAAGCAGGCACUGAACUUACCUUCAACUACAACCUAGAAUGUCUUGGGAAUGGAAAGACUGUUUGCAAAUGUGGAGCCCCGAACUGCAGUGGCUUCUUGGGUGUAAGGCCAAAGAAUCAACCAAUUGCCACGGAAGAAAAGUCAAAGAAAUUCAAAAAGAAGCAACAGGGGAAGCGCAGAAGCCAAGGUGAAAUCACCAAGGAACGAGAGGAUGAGUGUUUCAGCUGUGGGGAUGCUGGCCAGCUUGUGUCCUGUAAGAAGCCUGGCUGCCCAAAAGUUUAUCAUGCAGACUGUCUCAAUCUGACCAAGCGACCAGCAGGGAAAUGGGAGUGUCCUUGGCAUCAGUGUGACAUCUGUGGGAAGGAAGCAGCCUCCUUCUGUGAGAUGUGCCCCAGCUCCUUUUGCAAACAACAUCGAGAAGGCAUGCUUUUCAUUUCCAAACUGGAUGGGCGUCUGUCUUGUACUGAGCAUGACCCUUGUGGGCCUAACCCCCUGGAACCAGGGGAGAUCCGUGAGUACGUGCCUCCCCCCGUACAGCUGCCUACAGGCCCAAGCACUCACUCAGCAGAGCAAUCAUCAGGAGCGACUGCUCAGGAGCCCAAGAUGUCAGAUAAGCCACCUGCUGACACUAACCAGAUGCUGUCACUCUCCAAAAAAGCUCUGACAGGGACUUGUCAGAGGCCACUGCUACCUGAAAGACUUCUUGAGAGAACUGAUUCCAGGACCCAGCCUUUAGAUAGGGUCAGAGACCUUGCUGGCUCAGGGACCAAACCCCAAUCCUUGAUACCCAGCCAGAGGCCACUGGACAGGCCGCCUGCAGUGGCAGGACCAAGACCCCAGCUAUCUGACAAGCCCUCUCCAGUGAUUGGCCCAAGCUCCUCACCCUCAGUCAGGUCCCAACCACUGGAAAGACCUCUGGGGAUGGCCGACCCAAGGCUGGAUAAAUCCAUAGGUGCUGCCAACCCUAGGCCUCAGGCACUGGAGAAAACCCCAGUUCCCACUGGCCUCAGACUUGCGCCGCCAGACAGACUGCUAAUUAGCAGCAGUCCCAAACCCCAGACUUCAGACAGGCCCUCUGACAAAUCCCAUGCCUCUCUGUCCCAGAGACUCCCACCUCCUGAGAAAGUACUAUCAGCUGUGGUCCAGACCCUGGUAGCAAAAGAAAAAGCACUGAGACCUGUGGACCAGAAUACUCAGUCCAAAAAUAGAGCUGCUUUGGUAAUGGAUCUUAUAGACCUAACUCCUCGACAGAAGGAGCGAGCAGCUUCUCCUCAUGAGGUCAUAGCACAGGCUGAUGAGAAGAUGCCAGUAUUGGAGUCAAGCUCAUGGCCUGCCAAUAAAGGUCUGGGCCCCAUGCCACGAGCUGUUGAGAAAAGCAGCAUGUUGGAUUCUCGUCUCCAGCCACCGGGGAAAGCAUUGGCCCCUUCAGAGCACCCCUGGCAAGCUGUUAAAUCACUUACCCAGGCCAGACUGCUUUCUCAGCCUCCUGCCAAGGCCUUUUUAUAUGAGCCAGCAUCCCAGGCCUCAGGAAGAGUUCCUUUAGGGGCUGAGCAGGCCCCAGGGCCUCCAGUUCAAUCCUCCGGCCUGGGGAAGCAGGCGAAGCAGAUGGUUGGAGGCCAGCAACUAUCUGGACUUGCUGCCAAGAGUGGGCAGUCCUAUAGGUCUCUGGGGAAGACCUCAGCCUCCCUCCCUACUGAAGAGAAGAAGUUGGCAACCACAGAGCAGAGUCCCUGGGCCCUGGGAAAAACCUCACCAGGGGCAGGGCUCUGGCCCAUGGUGGCUGGACAGACACUGGCACAGUCUUGUUGGUCCACUGGGAGUACACAGACAUUGGCACAGACUUGCUGGUCUCUUGGAAGAGGGCAAGACCCCAAACCAGAGCAAAAUACACUUCCAGCUCUUAACCAGGCUCCUUCCAGUUACAAAUGUGCAGAGUCAGAACAGAAGUAAUACCAGUAAAUAUCACAUGAACAGACAUGCUGCCCCAGGGUACCAUUUGGGAAGGGGAAAUCUUUUCUUUCUUUUUCCCCCUUAAAAAACAGAUCUAUCCCACACUUUUCCACUGUUAUUCUUUUCCUUAUAUCCCAACACUCAGAACUCUUAAGACAUCCGUCAGUAGGGGGUUGUGGUUGUGUGAACCAUGAAAGAAGAGUGGGCCCCAGCCAAGGAGGCAAACAGACUUCGGUCUCUUUUCCCCAACUUUUUUACACAUGGUCAAUGUGAAAUAAAAGUCCACUCUGGAGUUGAACAUGGAAUUCAGUUCCACUGGUCAGGUUGGAAGGUAUAGGGGCUCUCAAAAUAGUUUCCCCACCUCAACAAAGCCCUGUUGAGGACACCUUGGAUGUUACUGGUCUUCAUUCAAAUUAGUGGUGAUUUACUGAGCAUUCAUGUAUUCUAGGCCAGGUGCCAGUCACUAAUGAGAAAUACAGGGAUAAAUAAUGCUUAAUUUUCAUGAGCCUAACAUGCCUGCCUGGGUUCUGAGGCUGUUUUUAACAACCUUCGACAAAGAAAUAAUAGGAAGUUCUGAGGGCCCUGGGGCUCCAGACUCAUUUUGAAAUGUCCUUUGUGACACCAGAAGUGGCUGUGUUGAGUAAAUGCCUCCUGGUUGGGGUGUCCAUGGGUGCAUGUGUAUGCAUGCACACUCAUACAGAGAGAUGUUCUCUGUAGACAGAAGGGUGCUGCAUCAAAGCCAAAUGGGGCUGCUGGCUGGGCCAGCCACUGUUGGUUCUGUCUAAGCUAUGCAGAGUCUGAAGCAGGUGGUUAGCAGGAGCUGGGCUCUAUGAGAAUAUAGUUUUCCAGCAUUGGAAGAAAGCAAUUGGCAAGCUUAUCUUUCUUUUCUACCAGUUUCCUCCUUUUACAUGAUCCUACCCUAUCCCCAUCCCUCUAAACACUCAGGUGCUUUCAGAUUUCAGUGUCUCGGGCAGUGGACAUAGGGAAUCUGGCAAGCUCCAAGCUAAACACACCAGCUUAAGGAAUAGUCCAGAUCCUGAUGGGGAAUUACUUGCCCCAUGAUCUUUUGUUCUUCUGAGUGGAGGGUGUCCUCCUCUUUACCUCCCUUAGAAUUUUGCUGUGCUCUCUACUGAGAUCACCUGCCUGCUGACUUAGCUUAAAGGCAAGCCAGAACCCAUCUUCUAAGGGGCAAGACGUGGUGUUUAGAACAAUGUCUAGGCCAAGAGGUGACUCCUCGUAACUGCUGAUUAUCUGUUACUGCUGCCCUGAGCUGGGGCCCAAGGGCUGGGAAAUCUGUUGGUGCUACCCUACCCUACCAUUCACCCAGCUCACUGCCAACAGGAAGUGCUGUUUGGCUAGUUUCCUCCUACUCACCCGUCCAUCCUUUGUCCUUAGACCAACAUUUACCUCUGCUUUGCCAACUUAGCCAGCAGCUUUAGCCAACAGGCCAUCCCUUGACCCAGAGGUCUUCUGGCUAGUCUGUCUCAAUUAUGGCUUUUAUACCCUCAACAGGAUUCUGUAUUUGGUCCUGACUUCCUAUCCCAAGUUCCUAUUGAGGUUACUCCCAUCACCUUCCAAGAAAAGAACAACAGUUGUUAUAGAAGCAUUUGCGCUUUAUAUAAAGAUUAAAAAUAGAAACUGCUUUUAUUUCCCAAAGUCUGUCUCUGAAGUUGAGACACAUGAACUCAGGCAGAGGGACGAGGCUGGGCAGGGUUGUCCCAAGUUUAGGGGCCUCUCCCUGCAUUUCACCGAGACCUCGGAAUCUCCUCUGUGAAUUCCACCUGCCUAGUUCUCCCCUUUCAUCCUCCCUUCCCACAUCAUCAAAGAGGAAAAGCUCUUUGUUCAAAAGGAAGAGAAAACGUAAAGCAUCUUAUUUUCUUUUAAAAGAAUUUUAAACCAUGAAAAAGAUAUUUUUAAAUUCACCCAGAACAUUAAAGUUCAUUAUAUUAAGUAUUUAUCAUGUGUGAGAAUAAGUAUAUAACUGCAGCUAGUAGGUCCCUUUCCCUAAUCUCUUAGGUUGUAUGAGUAGGGUUUGCUUGGUGCCAGUCCUGUACCCUUUCUCCUGUCAUCUGUAGUUGUGAUCAGAAAAAGAUUUCUACACUGCACUGUCAGAAUCUCCUUUCACUAUGUUGUGUGUUAAAUUACCGUAGCUCUUUGUUUUCAUGAAAUAAACUGUGAAUUUUUUUAGGGGGUGGGGUCUGUGCAGGCUAUGUAAAAAUUUUAAGUGGAGAAGUUUGAUCCUGGAGUAGCUUCUCUGAAGUAGGCUUUGGUAGGUAAUUGACUUGACAAUGGUCUAGAUAUGUCUCACAGGACAAGACAGGGUGAGGGAGAAGGGGCCACAGUUGGUCGCUUUUGUGGUUUCAUUUGGUUCUCUUUCCGUUCUCCACCAUUCACUGGAGGCUUCAUUCCAUACCUGCCUAGAAAAGUAGCUUCUGAGCCAUCUUUGGUUUGGGGGAGCAGUUUUUUUUAUCUGGAUGAACAGCCAAGUUUCUUCUGUUCAGGGCCAUUGCAUGGAAACUAGAAAUUCAAUGGAAACUAGCAAUGUGAGUUAUUAGGCCUACGAUAGCAGCAUCUGGUACUAGAUUAUUAUAAUCAUAAAAGUAAUCACUAUCCGAUUAGAAGCAGAGUCAGAACUGUUGGGAAAUGAGACUCUUGUAUGAAAGUAGGGAGGGAGUGAUCUUCCCAGCCCUGUGAGACUUCUCUUGAAGCUUGUAAUGAGGCCUUUUUUCCAAAGGGGUGUGAAUUGCAGUUAAAAGAAAAUCUUUUAGAUACUUCUGAUCAUUGUGUAGGAUGAUAUUUGUGUAUUUGGAUAAGUGCUUGGAAAUUGAGAUCUCAAGAGUCUGCCUCUGAGCCAGCUCACCAGGAAGCCUUUCCAGGGGCAAGCAAAAGGUUGAAAUGCUUGUGGGUAGGUAUAAAACCAAUGCCCCUCCUAACCCUGUUAAGUCAGGGAAAAAAAUAUGGUUAACUGUUGAAAUUUUAUUUAGGGCCCCAUUUGCAUCUCCUGCUGGAACCAACCCAGUCUAAGACAAAAACAACUGUCACUGCUACAAGAGCAUCCAUGUUUUAAGUGUCUGCCAUCCCCUAAAGUUACUAAGUUUGCGUUGAUUUAAAUCACUGUGUUCAUCCUUUUCUGAAUUAAAUUCACAUCUUUAGCAUUGGCAAAAAUAUUUUAUUCUUAACAUCCUUCACUCAAUACUACGGUUUCUAGGAUCCUUCAUCCAGCUCAGCACCAUCUAUUCACUGGAGCUGGACUCCCAGGUUACAGUUCCAAUGUUGCCUCCAGAGAAUAGAAUGGCAGGAAAGAAGUGUGGUCCUGGCAGCUUCACCCAUGAAGAGCAAUCAAGAGAAUACGAAACUUAGAUGGGUUUUCCCCUUAGCUCCAAGAAGGCAGGUUUCUCUUAAGGCUUUUUUUUUAUUCUAUAUUUUAUCCUGUUGGGGUUUGUCAACCAGGUGGUCAGAGGGGCCCAAGUAUCCUAAUCUCUCUGAGAUCAUGGCAGGAAAGGAGCUAAAAGCAGCUCCUUUCCCUACUGAGUCACGCUUGAGCUUUUCGGUGUGUUAAGACAUUCCAGAUCAUUUAGAGCUAAGUAGCUGCUGCAUGAGACUUUUGUUGCCUAUGUCCAGUUAGCUCUCAGCUGAGCUUCCUAGGGCCAGUGCAGCAGGGCCAGAGGUUGCUAUAGUGUAAAUUGAAAUAAGAAUAGAUCAUUGUUUUGUACACAAAAAAUGUAAUGAUGGUGCUAAUUUCAUGGUAUAAAUAAAGCACUGCCAAGGGUUGAGGGACUGGUGACUUAAGAAACCCGAGUUUCUGUUACGGAGGAAGAGAUUUUACAUAGAAAGGUUUCUUUGAGAUUGUUGGGAAGAAGGCAAAACCUCAGUGAAACCUUCACCCAGCCCUGGAGUAGCCCAGUGCAAUGGUGGGAGAAAUCUUCUAUCUAGAUGAAGGUAGCCAUUAAGUUUCUCUGGGCUAGGGUCACCUUGUCCAUAGCCUACAUCCACACUGCCUGGAACAGGUUGAUAGAGAGCUCUGGGCGUUGGGUCUCCCUCAGUUCCCUUCUGCCCCUCUCUACCUCUUCCACUCUCAUGGAAGCAUCUCUUAUGAAGAUUAAGGGUAAUAUUUUCUAAGUAAGUGGAAAGAAUUUAUUUUAAUUAGAAAUCUACAACCUCAGAAGUGUUUCUUACAUAAGCAAAAACAGCACAUGUCCCUUCUCUAGAGCUGCUUUCCUAUGACUUUCAAAACAUCAGGCUAUUGGGAGGCUUCAGGUCUAAGGCCCUGGAAGGUAAGGAAAGCUUGGUGGAAAAGAGAUGAACACAGGAAGUAGGAACAGAAACGAAUGGUUCUGGUGCUUUAGACUUCCAGAGGCAGUGCACGGCAGGCCAUCUCCAGGUCUGAGGUGGGCGCUGCCUAUGUGUGCAUGUAGGUGAGAAUGUGUGGAAGAUGGGUGAGUGUAACACACAGGAGCUCGUGGAAGAGCAGCUUCCUAGGUCUUGGCAAAGAAACAAGCUGAUUAUAGAGAUUUAUCUUUAUAUUUUUAAGAAAGGACUGUGGUAGGGGUGGCCAGCCAAGGUCCAUCAUUAGUUUUUUUGCCCCUGCCCCCAAAGAUUGUCAGCUGUAAGUGAAACUCCUAGUGAAAAUAAGGGGAGCCCUGUGCUAGGAGUCCCCAUAAACAUGUACUGUAAUUCUUUGUAUAUAGAAAAUACUGUAAAGUAAAGUUUAACUUUACUCAUAU